AUGCCCUCCGACGCAUCCAUUCUAUCCGCCGCCCUCGUCGGCGCCGCCAUGCUGGGCACGGUGCGCGCGCAGGUGUUCACGGUCAACUGCGCGCCGCUGACGAUCCAGCGCGGCGACCCGAUCGUCUGGCCGGGCCAAGUCUCGCCGCACGUCCACGUCGUGACGGGCGGCACCGCCUUCCAGCGGACCGAGUCCAACGAGCAAGCGCGCGACGCGCAGGCGACGACGUGCGACAAGCUCCUGGACAGGAGCAACUACUGGCAGCCGCAGCUGUAUCAUGAGCGUCAUGACGGCCGCUUUGAGCUGGUCACGAUGCAAGGCAGUGCUGCCUACUACAUCAAGCGCGCUUGCGACUACGCACCCGGCAGACAAAACUGCGACGGCGCGGCUACGCCGAUUGCGCCUCCGCGAGGCCUCCGCAUGGUCACGGGUGAUCCUCUACUCAGGACAUACAACGCGUCUAGUCUCGAGCAGCAGGCGAUUGCCCAUUUCUGCCUCGAGGGGCCCAACGAGGGCUAG